UUCAACACAGACCUCUUGGUUUAAAUUCAACAAUCGACCUUCUGUUCAAAAUGUUCAAAUUGGUGGUGUUGUCGACUCUUUUGACGCUCGCAGCAGCCCGUCCAGGAUACAGUUAUGAGCCCUACGCAUAUCACGCACCGGCGCUGAUCGCUAAGCCGGAAAUCUACUACGAAAAAAGUGUCAUCGCAGAACCUGCCGUUGCCCACGUGGGAACCGUUGUUAAACACAUUCCGACGGCCGUUUCUCAUCAAAGCUCGACCGUCGUGCACAGCGCGGCCAAAUACGUUGAACCCAUCUAUGCGCCAACCGUUAAGCAUACCGUCGUAUCAACGCCGAUAAUCAAGACGGCUUACCACGCACUGCCAUCCUAUGCGUAUGCUCCAGCUUUGCAUUAUGGACAUGGACACUGGUAGAAAAAUGCAACAAACCUCAGAAAGGACCUCGAAAAACGGGAAGCAUUCUGCGUUAAAAUACUGACUGUCUUAUUAUGCUUCAAAACCAGGAAAAAAAUCGUGAUAUAUUAAUACUCCAACUAAAAUUUGUGCCGUUCUUACUGUAAUUAACGACGAAAGUGAUUAAGCCCGGCAGUGUGUGUGAAUGUUCAAAACGUUUGCAGUGAUCCGGUGACCGACGACGGCGCUAUGUUCUGGCUUCUUUUGUUCACUUUGAUUGUUGGUGAAAGAUAAGAAGUUCGGAUCGGAAAGCUGCGAAUAAAAAGUGAGCCAA